AUGAGGGUGCAGGGUGAAUGGGGUGAAAAACAAGAAGCAUAUGAAGAAGCAACCGCCGGUAAACCAACCAUACAAAGUGGCAGAGAAGGCACGUCUGAUCGAGCGAGCUAUGCAGAAGUGACGGAGUAUGGUAACGCGCCGGAACAAGCAUUUCAACAACUGAAGAAGAAGUUAGUUGGUCCACCAAUUCUACAUUCCCCGGAUUUCACUAAAGAAUUUACGGUAACUACAGACGUGAGCAAGUACGCGCUGGGUGCAUACCCGAGGCAAGGUUCAAUAGGAAAGGACUUGCCAAUUGUAUAUGUAUCACCUAUGCUCAACAAGGCAGAGCUGAAUUAUGGGUGCCAGCACGGCACGGCCGGAGGAGGGUGCCAGCACGGCACGGCCGGAGGAGGGUGCCAGCACGGCACGGCCGGAGGAGGGUGCCAGCACGGCACGGCCGGAGGAGGGGGCCAGCACGGCACGGCCGGAGGAGGGGGCCAGCACGGCACGGCCGGAGGAGGGGGCCAGCACGGCACGGCCGGAGGAGGGGGCCAGCACGGCACGGCCGGAGGAGGGGGCCAGCACGGCACGGCCGGAGGAGGGGGUCAGCACCGCACGGCCGGAGGAGGGGGUCAGCACCGCACGGCCGGAGGAGGGGGUCAGCACCGCACGGCCGGAGGAGGGGGUCAGCACCGCACGGCCGGAGGAGGGGGUCAGCACCGCACGGCCGGAGGAGGGGGUCAGCACCGCACGGCCGGAGGAGGGGGUCAGCACCGCACGGCCGGAGGAGGGGGUCAGCACCGCACGGCCGGAGGAGGGGGUCAGCACGGCACGGCCGGAGGAGGGGGUCAGCACGGCCGGAGGAGGCGGUCAGUACGGAUGGAGGAGAAUGGCAUUGGCUGGGGUCAGUAUGGAUGGAGGAGAAUGGCAUUGGCUGGGGGCAGCACGGAUGGAGGAGAAUGGCAUUGGCUGGGGGCAGCACAGCUGGAGGAGGAUGGUGUUGGCUGGAGACUCAUGGAUAGUUGGGUUGAGAGCAACAUGGUGGUGGCAAAUGAAUUAGGGUAG